GGUAUUGGAGAACCAGUUUAAAAUCACGCCAUGGCGUCGACGUUCAUUCCUCAAACAUGGGAAAUGUAUGAUAUGUUUCAAGCCCUGUUGCAGGCUCCCUCAUAUCAUCUUUUCUUCGAAGCAUUGCUUAUCAUAUGGAUUUUCAAGCUAUUGUUUUUCUCUAAAGCCUACGCCCCAGAAUCCGUCCUAACCGAAAAGGAAAAGGAGGAGUUGAUUGCAGAAUGGCAGCCGGAACCUCUAGCUCCCGAAAUUCCAGACGACCACCCUGUUUUAAUGGCGAUGGAAAAUAACAUUAUUACAGGGAAACCAGGAAAAUAUGUAACCAUUAAUGGAAAAUCUUGUGUUAACAUGGCUACAUUAAACUUUCUUGGCAUGGCAGGGAACCCAUCUGUGGAGGCAGAGGCCAUCAAAACUCUGAAAAAGUAUGGAGUGGGAUCAUGUGGACCCAGAGGUUUCUAUGGCACAAUGGACGUCCAUUUAGAACUUGAGGACAAAAUAGCAAAGUUCAUGAAUUGUGAGGAAGCUAUAUUAUAUGCUUUUGGCUUUGCGACCAUAGCGAGUGCUAUCCCAGCUUACUCGAAACGUGGAGAUGUAAUAUUUGCUGAUGAGGGAGUAUGCUUUGCUAUACAGAAAGGACUCGUUGCCUCAAGAAGCAAAAUAAAGUGGUUCAAACACAACGAUAUGGAGGAUCUAGAGCGUCUACUUAUUGAACAAGCAAAGGAGGACAAGAAAAACCCUAAGAAAGCCAAAGUGACCAGAAGAUUUCUUGUUGUGGAAGGACUCUACAUUAACUAUGGUGACUUAUGUCCUCUUCCAAAAUUAGUUGAACUCAAGUGGAAGUAUAAAGUCCGCCUUUUUCUGGAAGAGAGUUUGUCAUUUGGCGUUCUUGGUAGCAAUGGGAAAGGUGUAACAGAACACUACAAUAUCUCUCCAGAUGAUAUUGACUUGAUUGCGGCCUCAUUAGAAAAUGCUAUUGGAUCAACAGGAGGCUUUUGCUGUGGGAAGAAAUAUAUUGUGGACCAUCAACGUUUGUCAGGACUUGGAUAUUGCUUCUCAGCAUCUUUACCUCCCAUGUUAGCAACUGCAGCUAUCGAGUCCCUGCGUUUGAUUGAUGAAAAACCAGGAAUGCUUGUUGAAUUGCGAGAAAAUUGUGAAAAAAUUCACAGCAAGCUGAGAGAUAUAAAUGGAACCGUCAUUGUAGGGGAACCUAUUUCCCCAGUCAAGCACAUUAGACUUGCAGAGCCAAGUACUGACAGGGACUUUGAUGUGCAGACUCUGCAGAAGAUAGCCGAUCUCUCGAGAGACAACAAAGUUGCUGUGACGUUGGCUCGCUACUUAGAAGAGGAGGAACAUAAACUUCCAUUGCCAAGCAUCCGGAUAUCUGUGAACAACCAGCUUUCAGAUGAAGAAAUUGACACUGUCUUCACUACACUAAGUGAAGCUUUUCAGAAAAUCAUCACUCAUUAAUGUGAAGUGCGAACAAAUAUCUAUUGUCAGAAAUAUUAGGGAACAGUAUUUAUUUGAUACUUUCUUAUUGUAAAGGGUAAUUGCUACACAAAUCAUCUUGUCUUAGACUAGGUCUUGUACAAGUAUGUAUAUCUUAGAUAAUUUUCUGUAUAAGGUGUUUGACAUUACACAUUUUCUUUUGGCCAUAAGAACAUUUAAAGUAAAUGCAUGUGUUUAAAUUUGUAAUUUUUUUUAACAAAUUGUAAUGUCAAAUGCCGCAAAUACCGGUAGAAAUGUGUCAAUACACUAUUAACAAGUUAAGUCUUCAUAGGGCAUUUAUCUUGUAUGUUCCAAAGGUGAGAGUUUUGUCUGCUGAGAUUUGUUCACUUGAAUGUUAAUUUAGGAUCAAUCAUUGUGUAAGAAUUUUUUGAUUUUGGUGAAUUUUUAAUUGAAUGUUACUUGUCAUCUAUUGCUUUUUUCUACAUAAGUUUGUUGCUUUGAAUAAUAUUUUGACAGACGUUGUAUGCUAGUUUUUUUUAUGGGAUUGAAUGAACAAAGGUGUUGCCAGAAAGCUUUACACAUAAAUUUAAUUACUAGAUGUUAAAACUGUGAUAUAUAUACACCCAAAUAUUUUUAACUAACACAUCAUAAUGGUCAUUGAUAAUAAGUAACAUGUUUUUGUUUUCAUCUCUCAUUUUAAAGUGUUGAACAAUAAAAUGAAUUGAAAAAUGUCCAA